AUGCGAGUUAAUUGUUCAACUUGUCUUGAGUUGUUGACCCCCAGCGACAACCUGGUGUGUACACCAUGUGGUCACGUGUUUCAUGUACACUGUGUUAUGCAAUGGUUUGAAUCUAAGAAAAAUUGUCCACAGUGCAGACAUUCGGCAAACGAGAAAAAUAUAAGAAAGAUCUAUUUAUCUGAAAUUGAUGGCGAUGAUACGAUUAACCCGGACGAUCUACAGAACAAGUUGGACAAUGUACAGUUCCUACUUAGAGCUUCCAACUCGGAGAGAGAAGAUCUCCGAACUAAACUGAAAGAUGUUCAAGAGAAUAACGCUAAAAUCAAAGAAGAAAUUAAGAAAAUUGAGCACGCUCGACGAAAAGCUGAGGAAUCCAUGCUUCAGUGUAAAAACCAUAUCAGGGUUUUGAAAGAGGAGAGAGAUAAGUUCGAACAGUAUCGAAAGGAGGCGGAGAUUUACAAGGAGAAGCUCAAGUUGUUUGUAGACAUGGAGAAGGUCAUGCGUGGAUCUAUUUCAGAAGUAAACUUACUGCUUGGAGAACGCGGAUCUUUUGACAAAGAAAGUCGAGAUCUUGCAACCUUGGUGGUGGAACUAAAAAAGAAGUUGAUAGAUAUGAAAAGAAUGAAAGCACUGGCCGUGAGGAAAGCUGAAGACACGAUGAACAUGAGAGAAGAGGAUCGUAGGAAAAUAUCUUCCCUCACUGUUCAGCUUAAUGAUCUUAAAGCUCUGAAAGACAGUUUGAAUACAAGCCUGCAGACCGCGUACGAUCAAAUCACAAAUUUAACUGAGAAAAAGGAAGAACUUCAGAGAAAGGUCUACUCCCAGGAGAAAACAAUAAAAGACUUGAAGAAAAACUCCAUCAUGCCCCUGGUUGAAAGCAGUGAGGAUGAGUCCCCGAAAUCUCUCAAAUCUCCGGCCGUGGAAACCCCCGAGGUUGCCUUUAAGUCCUGUGGUAUCGCUAUUGGAGAGAAACGAAAACCAUUAAGUCAGAGUAAUCAUCUAGACCUGAAAAGACCAAAGUUGAGAAUAAACCUGAUGGAAGUUGGGACUCAAAAAGGACAGAUGUAUGACGGGAUGGGAGGAAAUACGAAACCUGACGUUUUCCCGGAACCGCUUCCAAGACAUCUUAAGAAAUCUGUUAAGAAAAGAACCAAUACCUUGAUGAAGAGCAGUCCAAGAAAGAAAUCUGGUCCCAGCUCGUGUUCUACUCCAGUAGAAAUAUUCUCCAUUCAACAGUUGAACCGAAUACCUACAUCUGAACUGAGAAGUUUAGCCACAGAGAAACACGGGAUAAAGAAUGCCGGGCUUCUCAAGAAACCAGAUCUUCUGUCCAAGCUGAGAGAACAUUUUGAGAGCAAGCAUGGUGUUGAGUUGAAGGAUAAUACUGAGGAGGGGGGACAGGACGUAUCUCCUAUAUCUCAAACCAUUGAUAAACUUAGGAGCAGAAUAAAGGAUAAGAAUACAGAACCCAGUGAAGAAGAAGUAAGAAAACCGGAGGAGAACCUUGUUGGAGGCGCGGAUAGAUUAAUAGAGCUCGCAGAGCACGCUCUUGCAGCCCCUAUACCUAGCGCGCAUCCUCAACAGAUAGAAAUAGUCACAGAAACUGUUCUGGAUCAGGAUGGAAUCCAGGUUAUUGAAACCACGGAGUCAGCAGAACCUCAGUUUGAUCCCUCCGAUGUUAUAAGUGAGGAGGUUAUUGGAAACUCUGAGGAAACCCUCUACGAGGAGUAUAUAACCACGGACGAUGUUGAGAUCAUUGAAGAGGGUGAGGUUCUUGAAGAGGAGGAGGAGGAGGAUAGUAUGGAUUGUGUGUCCAGCACUUCUAAUAUAAGAACAAGUUAUAAACUAAACUCUGGCAAAGCUUGUCACGGAUACGUGGUGGCUAAAACUGUUAAAGAACUCCGAGAUCUAGGUCGUGACAUGCUUAGAAUUCACGCUGAGAACCACGGCAUAGAUCACGCCAGUAGACUCAGGAUGCCUGAGCUACUCAAGGAAGUGAUCGAACACUAUAAUGAGAUUCAUAAUGCAUGUUUAGAAGUCAGUAAGCUGGAGAUGUUAAAACUAAACAUGCUGAAACUAAAAAAGAUUAAGGUUGACGUGAGAGAAAAAACACCUCCUCCUGAUUUUAGUAAACUUAUCCCUAAGAACGUAGUUCCGCUGGAGGAACAGGUUCAUCAUGUUUAUGAAAAGAGACCAGAUGUUUGUACAGUAGAUAUUAUUGUAAAUAAUCUCAAGGAUAUGCUUGCUCUUGGCACAUCUAUUCUUCGUCCUGAAGCCUCUAAACAUAGGGUAGCAAACUCUUCAAGAAAACAAAAACUGCAGGUGGUAGAGGAGCUUUGGGAGCACUACCUCAAGUUCCAUCUCAAGGACACUGAGAGCAACGAGAUCGUGGAGGAGGAGUAUGAAAGUGACGGAGCCUUUCAGGGUUUCCGUAGUGCGCAAUCUGGGUUUAUUGUGGUUCGUGAGGAGGACAUUGUUCAAGGAGAAGAAAUUCAGGCAGUUGCAGAGGAGAUCGCAGAGUAG